UGACUCGGUGCGCAUGCGCAGAGCCGCUGGCGGUUGUCUGAGUGACUUCAGUUUUGUGUUGGAUGUUUUGCAGACGUGUGUUUGUACGGAUUCUUCUAAUCACCUUUACUUUAAUUUAACUUAACUUUCAGUUCGUGAUCUGCGCUGGAUUCAUCAGAGCGCUAUGAGUCGAGCGUCUGAAGACGGUCUGAUGUCUCCUGAGUCGAGCGUCACAUCACUGCUGGCCACAUCAGGACUCCUGCAGAGCUCCUUACACCCGGAGCCCGUCCCCAGCAUCAAAUACAGGGACAAACACUACGCUUCUGCCUCAGAGGCGCUGGAUGCGUACAUCACUGACUUCCAGAGGAGUCUGCGGGGCUCUGACACAACGACGGGGAAACUUCAGCUGCCCAGAGAGAGUAACAAACCUCAUCCCAGAAACAGAGACGUACUGAAGACGAGUUUGACGGAUGAAGAGCUGAUCUUCUUAAACAUUCCCGUCCGGAACAGAGACUCGGAUCGGCUCAGUAUGGCCACUGACGACCUGCUGGCUCUCCCAAAUGACGGCUCUCUCCCCGUGACCCGCACCUCGGCCCUCCUCUCCCGCUCUGGGAGCUUUCCGUUGGGAUUGAGCUUCAACUGUAGCUCCGGGUCGCACUUACGGCCCGUUCUGGCUCAUAAACACUGUAUGCGGCGUCCCGUUCCACCGGUGAGCAGGACAUCCCUCUCUGUGGACGAUAUAAUGAUGGGCGGUUUGCAGUCACACGGUCAAGCUCCUCCCCCCAACAUCCUGCCAGCCAAUCGGACGCAUCCACCCGACACGCCCAGAUCCAAUCAUCUCCCGCGCUGGAUGACCAGCCAGAAACCCGAGAUGUAUUUUUCCGGGAUGACCAGCGUUCCUGAGCUAAAGUACCCGGCGUGGCUGAGACAGUGUGAAGAAUCCUCAGACGAUCAUCUGCUUCCUCCCAGAGUUCCUUCAUGGGUCGGAGAACUGGAGGAGUCCAGUGGAGAGUAAAAAGGUCACUAAAGGUCAGCGAGAUGUCAAAGGUCAUGCAGGAGAGCCGUACGGAUCCCAGUCCAUCGCUCAGUGCAGCCCGAGAGAGCUGCGUUUACAGUCUGAACAGAAACUCAAGGCAGCGAAGAGAGGACAGAUUCAUGAAGGACAACUUUUCAAAGAUGAUAAGAUUGGUUCUCUGAUCUUAAGAGCCGAGCAGGCGUUACACUGGUCUUCUGUUGCUCUCUGUGAGCCGGUGAAGGAGCACAACAGUUCAGGAGAUACGGAGGACGCUCUGGACGCAGACCGAUCCUGGGACAAUCCACCUGUGACGUUUAAAUCUCCAGUGCCAGUGGGUGGCGCUGAGGAGCCUCCAGCACCUGAAGAACUUCAGAGAAGCAAGGUA